CAGCACGGGGCCGCCUCGGGUACGUUCGGGUACGUUCGGGUACGUUCGAAUUCGGGGGAGGGAAGGAGGCGAGACGCCGGGGCGGGGCGGGGCGGGGGAACGACAUACCAGCGGAGACCGAUAGAAGAAGAGCGAGAGCCCGUGCUGCUGCUGCUGCGCUCAUCGAUGGUCGGGGCGUAUCGACGGACGAGGACGUGUGCGCACAGAUUUCGAACGUGUUACAGCGAAUCUUAUUUGUGCCCGCGAUUUGGUGGGGCAUCUGGUGGUGCUAUCGAGAGCGGAGGUUUUCUCGUUCGAGAGUUGACGAAUGAUUGCCGUGGCGCAGAGUCAGAGAGAGAGAGAGAGAGAGAGAGAGAGAGAGAGAGAGUCCGUGAGGUCCGACGAUCAGGGUUUACAAGAUUGUCGUGUAUUGCCUUUCUGACGGGAGGAAUUGAGUUCUGCCUCAUUCGCGGGAGAGCAGCGUGUCAGAUGGUGAUUGGAAUUAGGGGGAAUUGUGCAGGUGUGAAUGAAGUUCAGGACGUUGGGAUCAUCGACAUGGGCAGAAUGGUUUAGCUGGAGUUGCGUGGUACCUUGUGGUCGGUGGUGGAUCCGCUCUCCGGAUUCUGGAAGAUUUUAGAGCUUGAGUCGCGGGGGUGCAUAAAUGCGACACGAAAGAGACGGACAGGAGGUCUUAGAGUCUGAGUAUGAAAGGUCAGGCCCCAGUUUGCUCGGGGAAUGGUGUUUUGUUGCCCAGUCACGCGUCGAGAUUCUUCAAUGGCCGACGCAGUGGAGAUACGCAGAUGUGGGACAUGUACUGUGAAUAUGCGGGUUUUUGGAGUUCAUGGGACAGAGUCAUGUGCGCUGCAAGGAUUUGGGGAAGAUAUCCUUCUCAUAUUCAUUAGGUAUUUCGGGAACAGAUGAUUCACUUGGUCGCAUCAAAGCACGUCUUGCUGCUCUCUCAGCAUUUGCUGAGUCACAAGGAUUAACAGGGCAGGCUGCCUUUGAUGGACUUAGGCGCCUGAACGCAGAUCUGCACGAAGAGCUCAUGGAUACUCGUCACUUCUCUCUCUUCUAUCGCUUCGUCUUUUUUAUGUGCCGAGAAAGAGGACAAAAAAGCAUUUCUGUUAACACAGCUGUUGCUGCAUGGAGGUUAUCAUUAACUGGGCGCUUCAGACUACUUGACCAGUGGUGUGCCUUUGUUCUGAUUCAUCAGCGAUAUUCGAUCUCAGAAGACACUUGGAGACAAGUUUUAGAGUUCAGCCGGAGUGUGCAUGAAGACUUGAGCAAUUAUGAUCCUGAGGGUGCCUGGCCAGUUCUAGUGGAUGAUUUUGUGGAUAAUAUGUACAGAAAAGCUUCUUGUCCCUCAUGCAGUACGGAGUCCACAGUGUUGUGCGAAUGCGGCGUGAAUGUGCUGGCUAAGUUAACCUCUGAAGAUGAUUCACAAUCAGCUGCCCCUUUGAGCAAAGCUUCCACUUUACCAGGAAUGGCCGCUUGUGCCGGGAGCAAGCGGAGGAGAAAGGAUCCAAAGGACGAGGCAGCUCAAGUGGCUUCAGUCAAUAAUAUCGCUCAGCUUCUUGCUGAUAUGCCCAGUCCGCUUUCAUGUAAAAGAGUGAAAUCCAGCAAUGCUACGGUGGAGGUGCAGGAUCCAAUGGAAGAAGUUUCGGAUGAUCAAAUGCAACCGUCUAAUUAUUGGGAACAAGGACAAUACGUGGGAGGAGGUCAUUCUAUCGAUGAUGAGAUGUCACAAGGAAGUAUACUCGGGUCACCUGCUUCAAGCAACAAAACGUGGGGCAACUGUGAGAUGUUCCAUGCUCCCUCUGCUUGGUACAAGUUCGAGGGUAGGGCUUCACCUGGAAGGGUUUGUUCCAGUCCUCACACGCAGGAGGUACUGAACUGUGUUCUGAAACAUCCUCCGAUCACUGUAGUUUCCCACAUGCCAUUUUUUUGACUCCCGCUAUUUAUUUGUCCUGACGACAUUCUUACAUCCUCGUCAGCCACAAGUCAUUUUUUGAUCGUUAGCUAAGCUUACAAGAGGUGAAUCAUUUGGAGAAAUUGAGUACAGGAAAUCAUGUGAAUUGAGAUGCGUAUAGAAGUUAGGGUUUCUGUAACUCAGGGGGUGCUCCAAACCCCAGGAAGCACAAUCGAACGAGCAGCACUACGUACGGGACAUACACAGGACUGGCCAACUCAACCAGAUGGCCUCUACCGAUCUGGUUUUGUACAUCAUAGUGAAACUCGUAUUGUGCAAUUUUGUAUCAUGAAUGUUUUUCUUGUCUU